AUGUACUAUGAAUUGUUUGCUAUUGCUCGUAUAACGGACCCAUUACAUGUCACAAAAGAAGCUACAAAAAUCGCCAGUACAGUUGGUAAAUUAAUAUUGAAUAAUAGAGGUAUAAUUAGAGAUAUAACAAGUUUAGGAUCAAAACCAUUACCAAAAAUUAUAUCAAAAGAACAAGAAAGACAUUUUCAAGGUUAUCAUUUUAUAAUGGGAUUUGAUUCAUCAAGUAAUGUACAAUCACAAUUAUUAAGAACUUUAAGAAAAGAUCCAAGAAUAUUAAGAGCUAAUAUAAUAAAACAUGAUUUAAAACAUAAUUUGAAUCCUGGUACUUCAAUAGAACAAGCAUUAAAUUCAUCUUAG